AUGCCUGACGACUACGACAAGUUGACCAAGGAAGAAAGAGAGGUUCGUGAUAAGGCCGAUCGCCAGCGCGAGGCAGCAGAACAGGCUGGGUUGCCUUACACUUGGAAGCAGGAACUAGGGGAAGUCGACAUUGUUGUCCCAGUACCUAAGGGAACACGCGGAAGAGAUCUCAGUGUCGUAAUCCAGAAGAAGAAAUUGAGUGUCGGGCUGAAGGGGAAAGACAAGAUCAUGGAAGGCGAGCUGUGUAAGGACAUUAAGGUGGAGGAGAGUACUUGGAUGGUGGAGGAUCAAGAAGCGGUCUAUAUCCAUCUCGAGAAAGUGAACAAACAGCAGUGGUGGGAGAACGUACUCACACACCAUCCUAAAAUCGAUACGACAAAGAUCCAGCCGGAAAAUAGCCAGCUCAGCGACCUCGACGGAGAGACAAGGGGCAUGGUCGAGAAGAUGAUGUUUGAUAAUCAGCAGAAGCAAAUGGGCAAGCCUACAUCCGACGAGAUUAAGAAGAUGGAGACUCUCAAGAAAUUCCAGGAAGCCCAUCCAGAACUCGAUUUCUCUAACGCUAAGAUCUCAUGA